AUGGAGGGCGACGCGGACGGCGUGAAGUCGGGGAGGCGCGGUGGCGGGCAGGUGUGCCAGAUCUGCGGCGACGGCGUGGGCACCACCGCGGAGGGGGACGUCUUCACCGCCUGCGACGUCUGCGGGUUCCCGGUGUGCCGCCCCUGCUACGAGUACGAGCGCAAGGACGGCACACAAGCGUGCCCCCAGUGCAAGACCAAGUACAAGCGCCACAAGGGGAGCCCGGCGAUCCGUGGGGAGGAAGGAGAUGAAACUGAUGCUGAUGAUGCUAGCGACUUCAACUACCCUGCAUCUGGCAAUGAAGACCAGAAGCAGAAGAUUGCUGACAGGAUGCGCAGCUGGCGCAUGAACACUGGGGGCAGUGGGGAUGUUGUCCGCCCCAAGUAUGACAGUGGCGAGAUCGGGCUUACCAAGUAUGACAGUGGUGAGAUCCCUCGGGGAUACAUCCCGUCAGUUACUAACAGCCAGAUCUCGGGAGAAAUCCCUGGUGCUUCUCCUGACCAUCAUAUGAUGUCCCCUACUGGGAACAUUGGCAAGCGUGCUCCAUUUCCCUAUGUGAAUCAUUCACCAAAUCCGUCAAGGGAAUUCUCUGGUAGCAUUGGGAAUGUUGCCUGGAAAGAGAGGGUUGAUGGCUGGAAAAUGAAGCAGGAUAAGGGAACAAUUCCCAUGACAAAUGGCACAAGCAUUGCUCCCUCUGAGGGUCGGGGUGUUGGUGAUAUUGAUGCAUCAACUGAUUACAACAUGGAAGAUGCCUUAUUGAACGAUGAAACUCGCCAGCCUCUAUCUAGGAAAGUUCCACUUCCUUCCUCCAGGAUAAAUCCAUACAGGAUGGUUAUUGUGCUACGAUUGAUUGUUCUAAGCAUCUUCUUGCACUACCGUAUCACAAAUCCUGUGCGCAAUGCAUACCCAUUAUGGCUUCUAUCUGUUAUAUGUGAGAUCUGGUUCGCUCUUUCCUGGAUAUUGGAUCAGUUCCCGAAGUGGUUUCCAAUCAACCGGGAGACUUACCUUGAUAGGCUGGCAUUAAGGUAUGACCGGGAAGGUGAGCCAUCUCAGUUGGCUGCUGUUGACAUUUUCGUCAGUACAGUCGACCCAAUGAAGGAGCCUCCUCUUGUCACUGCCAAUACCGUGCUAUCCAUUCUUGCUGUGGAUUACCCUGUGGAUAAGGUGUCUUGCUAUGUAUCUGAUGAUGGAGCUGCAAUGCUGACAUUUGAUGCACUAGCUGAGACUUCAGAGUUUGCUAGAAAAUGGGUACCAUUUGUUAAGAAGUACAACAUUGAACCUAGAGCUCCUGAAUGGUACUUCUCCCAGAAAAUUGAUUACUUGAAGGACAAAGUGCACCCUUCAUUUGUUAAAGACCGCCGGGCCAUGAAGAGAGAAUAUGAAGAAUUCAAAAUUAGGGUAAAUGGCCUUGUUGCUAAGGCACAGAAAGUUCCCGAGGAAGGAUGGAUCAUGCAAGAUGGCACACCAUGGCCAGGAAACAAUACCAGGGACCAUCCUGGAAUGAUUCAGGUUUUCCUUGGUCACAGUGGUGGCCUUGAUACUGAGGGCAAUGAGUUACCCCGUUUGGUCUAUGUUUCUCGUGAAAAGCGUCCUGGAUUCCAGCAUCACAAGAAAGCUGGUGCCAUGAAUGCUCUUGUUCGUGUCUCAGCUGUGCUUACCAAUGGACAAUACAUGUUGAAUCUUGAUUGUGAUCACUACAUCAACAACAGUAAGGCUCUCAGGGAAGCUAUGUGCUUCCUUAUGGACCCUAACCUAGGAAGGAGUGUCUGCUACGUUCAGUUUCCCCAGAGGUUCGAUGGUAUUGAUAGGAAUGAUCGAUAUGCCAACAGGAACACCGUGUUUUUCGAUAUUAACUUGAGAGGUCUUGAUGGCAUCCAAGGACCAGUUUAUGUGGGAACUGGUUGUGUUUUCAACAGAACAGCUCUAUAUGGCUAUGAGCCCCCAAUUAAGCAAAAGAAGAAGGGUGGUUUCUUGUCAUCACUAUGUGGUGGCAGGAAGAAGGCAAGCAAAUCAAAGAAGAAGAAGGGCUCAGACAGAAGAAAAAGCGCUGGAUUUGAUGAUGAGAAAUCACUUCUUAUGUCUCAAAUGAGCUUGGAGAAGAGAUUUGGCCAAUCAGCAGCUUUUGUUGCCUCCACUCUGAUGGAAUAUGGUGGUGUUCCUCAGUCUGCAACUCCGGAAUCUCUUCUGAAAGAAGCUAUCCAUGUUAUAAGUUGUGGCUACGAGGACAAGACUGAAUGGGGAACUGAGAUUGGGUGGAUCUAUGGUUCUGUGACAGAAGAUAUUCUUACUGGAUUCAAGAUGCACGCACGAGGCUGGCGGUCAAUUUACUGCAUGCCUAAGCGGCCAGCUUUCAAGGGAUCUGCUCCCAUCAAUCUUUCAGAUCGUCUGAACCAAGUGCUCCGGUGGGCUCUUGGUUCUGUGGAAAUUCUUUUCAGUCGGCAUUGCCCCUUAUGGUAUGGCUAUGGAGGACGCCUGAAGUUCUUGGAGAGAUUUGCUUACAUCAACACCACCAUUUACCCGCUCACGUCAAUCCCACUUCUCAUUUAUUGUAUUCUGCCUGCCAUCUGUCUGCUCACUGGGAAGUUCAUCAUCCCACAGAUUAGCAACUUGGCUAGUAUUUGGUUCAUUUCUCUCUUUAUUUCAAUUUUUGCCACUGGUAUCCUCGAGAUGAGGUGGAGUGGUGUUGGAAUUGACGAGUGGUGGAGGAAUGAACAAUUCUGGGUCAUUGGAGGUAUCUCUGCCCACCUUUUCGCCGUCUUCCAGGGUCUCCUCAAGGUGCUUGCCGGUAUCGACACCAACUUCACUGUCACCUCAAAGGCCUCAGAUGAAGACGGUGACUUUGCGGAGCUGUACAUGUUCAAGUGGACAACCCUUCUGAUCCCGCCAACGACCAUUCUGAUCAUCAACCUGGUCGGUGUUGUUGCUGGUAUCUCCUACGCUAUCAACAGCGGUUACCAGUCAUGGGGGCCGCUCUUUGGCAAGCUCUUCUUCGCCUUCUGGGUGAUUGUUCACUUGUACCCAUUCCUCAAGGGUCUCAUGGGUCGGCAAAACCGCACCCCGACCAUCGUGGUUGUCUGGGCAAUCCUGUUGGCGUCGAUCUUCUCCUUGCUGUGGGUUCGCAUCGACCCAUUCACCACCCGUGUCACUGGCCCAGAUACUCAAACAUGUGGCAUCAACUGCUAG